CCCAACGAGCAUCAGAUUUCUUCCGACAAGGGAAGAAAGACCGGCUUCGUUCCGAACAAGAUAGUGGCGGCUCCCACUCACCUACGCAAUAGAUUACACUAUUACAGCACAAAGGAAGCUAUACUUACAGAGCAAAGGAAGGCCUCCGAGAUGCAACCCACCUACGAGGAGAUAUCCCUAUAUGCUGACCUGUCUCCGACGAAGAUGUUCAGGAUACGGGACUUCAUCAACGUCACAAAAUGUCUCAGAAAUCACAAAGUGCCCUACAGAUGGGGCUUUCCCACAAAACUCUUUAUAUGGCGGAAUGGAUCUCUCACCAAAGUUGAAGAUCCGCCCAAGGGAAUGGAGACACUCAAAUCAUGGGGAUUGUCCCACGAUGACAACGCAACCACCUCUCCGGCCCCACUACGGAAAGUGACCACAAGCUGGACAAAAGCCUAG